CAAAGCUUUGCUCCUAGACACUUGGUCAGGUUAUCCCAAAUGAACCCAAUCCACAAACGACAAAAGAUGAAUUUUAAAUUUGAAAUGCUAAAUCCCGUCAAUAUAUACAUCCUCGAUACGGGGAUCAAUUCUAAACAUCCUGACUUUACUAACAGAGUAGAAGUAAGGAAGCCUUCCAGCAAAAUAGAUGAUGACACGGGUUCAUAUGAAGAUCCAAUCGGCCAUGGAACAGCAGUCGCAAGUGUGAUAGGAUCACAGCUUUUAGGGGUGUGCAAAAAUUGUAAUUUAGUAUCUUAUCAAAUAUUGAACGACUUAGGACAGGGUAAAUUGAAAAAUCUCAUAAUUGCCUUAACUGAUAUUUAUCAUAGUGAGAAGCGUGGAACAAUAGUGAUGCCAUUUACCACUCCGAGAUCUGAACUACUCAAUGACAUUUUACAUGAAAUGAGAGUUUCCAACUUCACAUUAGUGGGGGCUGCGGGAAACUUGAAUGAUGAUGCAUGCAAAUAUUCACCCGCUUCAUCUGUUGAUGUUUUAACUGUUGGUUCCAUAGAUUCGACCACUGAUACAAUUGCAAAGUUCAGUAAUUAUGGUCCAUGCGUUGAUAUAUUUGCUGAUGGAAUCAACAUCAUUACUUUGAAUAACGACAACGAGUUGCUAAAGCUCCGGAGCGGUACUUCUUUAAGUGCAGGAAUUACAGCUGGUUUGGUUGCUACAUUUUUAGGCUUGAACGAAGUCAUAGAUGGAGAAUCCAAUUUUGAUGCUAUAAAAAAAAUCAAAAACACAGCCAUAGAAAAUCGAAUUAAGCCACAAGAAUUUUUCAAGGAAACCAAGACACCCAACAGAAUUUUGCACAAC